AUGAUAGCAUAUUCACACUUUGUAGAACCUUCACAAGGAAGAUAUGACGAAUCUUUUCGUCCUCAAUCUUUAAAUAACAGUCUUAAUAAUUCCAUGUUUCCAUGUGCGACCUCACCUUUAAAUAAUGAUUUCGAGAAUGAAUCUAAUUUUAAUAAAUCUUUAACUGGAAGUGAAUGUGAAAAUGAGUUAUCGAUAAAUAAAAAAGAACUUACAGAAGCUAAACGCGUAAAGAAUUUAUUAAGCCUUUUCCCACCACCUUGUUCAGCAGAAGAAUUUUUUAAUAAAAAUCCUCCAAAGGUUGAAGAGAAUGAUGGUAAAGUAAAACGACCAUGUAAUAAAUUUAUUAUCUUUCGUAAAGUAGCUCAUGACCAAAAAAAAGGGACGACCAAAUUAAUGAAUUAUAACGAAAGAACAUUUUCAAAGUAUAUUGGUAUCAUAUGGAAGCACUUAAUUACAUCUGAAGAAAAAGAUCAUUAUGAAAAGUUAGCAGCUAAAGUUGCAGAGAUACAUAAAAAUGAGAAUCCAAAUUAUAAAUAUAAACCAAAAAGAGAUAAAGCGACAUGGAAACAAUAUUCACCGACCAAUCAACGAAAGAAAAAGACUCAAGCACAAACAACUUACUCUCAAACAGAUGACUUCAACAAGAACUUACAAACAAUUCAAUCUCAACAACAAGUUUACUAUUUAGAAGAACCAACGGAAUUUAACGAGUAUUUUGCCUCUAAUAAUAUAUCUGAUAACAUACAGGACGACAACAACAGCAUGCAAUAUUAUGAAUAUAAUGAAAAUUACAUGGCUUAUUUUGAAUGA